AUGCAGACACUCUCAAACGAGGGAGCAUCGUUUGAUCAUAUGAAUUUCCGAUCGCCGAACAACACGGAGUCCUGUGUUCGGUCAUAUGGAGACAAAUUUCCCAUUCAAUUGAUAAACGCCCAUUUGUCGACUCGAGACCUUCAGCAAUUACGCAAGCUCUUCGAUGGAAGUAAGCAAAGGAAAACGAGGCAAACGGCGGCAAAUACGAGAAAAGUGUAUAGGCCGAAUUACUUUUUGGUCGGCGCCAAUCAGAGCUUCAAUAUUGCCAGUAAGGUCUACGCCUCGCGUGCCUACUCCUUUGCCGAUACGGAGGCAUACCGGCGAAAGUUAGCUUCGUUGUUUGUUUAUUAUCCGUUUCUGCUGCCCCCCUCGUCGAAACCGGUCACGUGUAGAAGAAAGAGUCAAAGACCUUGGUUCGUCGAUGCUAGCGUUCAAUGUUCUCCUAAUCAGAGGAAAGAAAUGAUCGAUCAGUUUAGAUCGAUGUCUAUUGAGGUCGGCAGCUCGUUAAUUUCUGAAGAAAAUGCAAAUGAGAAAAGAGCGAAGGAGAAGAUCAGUAAAAAUUCAGAAGAGACGGACAUAACCUCGUCUGUUUCAAAGGAAUAUAGCACAAGUUUUUCAAGUGUACCUUGUGUGCAGGUACGCGAGAUCGAUGAAGGAGUGAAGGAAGUCAAAGGUGAGACGUCAAACGAUGAAGAAGACGAAUCAGAAGACGGCUAUGCAAGUGACUUUGAAGCAAUAUCACUCUCUAAUUUCUCAGAUGAUCGAGAAAACGUUUUAUUCGAUGCCGUCCAGGAUUCUCGAUAUGUUAACGGAAGCCUAAAACGUACUGUUGAGCUGGUUUCACGUUCAGUGCAGGUCAGCGAGAAUGAAGUAGGGCUAAACGCCUACUCAAAUUCUACCGAUGAAGAUCAUUACACAAGUAGCUUCGAGGUUGCUUCACAACAUUCCCUUAUGUCAUGCUACCCUGCUUCUCAAACCAUCGCCAACGAAGUAGUCACAAAUGUUAAGUUGCCGUCGGCGGAGAGCAUCGAUUCUUCUGUUUCGGGUUCCUACUUGAUUACGGACCUACCAUCUGAAUCUCAACAGAGCAUCAGCACCGUCAUCGAUUUUUCAAGAAGCAUAUCGGCCAACAGCAAGGAUUCUCUGUCAAGUUCACUUGCGUCAUUUGGAAAGGGUGUCAGAAAGUUACAGGAGAGGCUUGAAGUCCUGAGAGCAUCUGAAGUAACGCGUAGUCAGCAAGUGUCUCCUAGCAGAGACAAAAGUUUUUCUUGA